AUGUGUUUUAUGUAAAAAAUAAUACUCCGUGGUAGAGAAAAACAAAUCUUACAUACCAAACAAACUAAAAAGACUAUUAGAGACGAAGGCUGGACUCCACCAUCGCCAACACCGAGCGCCGCCUAACCGCGCGAGAAUUGCCGUUGCUCCGCCUGCUUUGUCACGAAGAAAGCAGAAGUAGUCAAACGCCCAAACCCACGAAGGCACGGACGGAAAUUGAAAAAGACCCCCGAAGGAAGUCGCCGAGAGAUAGUCGCCGCCGACCGCCAGACGCCGCCGCCCGCCUGCACGCUCCACUGCUCUAGAGUCUUGCCUCCAGGUCCAGGAGUCCAGAUGAAGAGGAGAAGACCAGAUGAGCCUUCGCCUUCUCAGCCUGUGGCAGAUGCUGAAACCGUUGUUCUCAAUCUGAUCAAAAGCAGGAUGGGUCUCGGCAUAUGGCUGGCCGACGUGAAAAAAGAUGCAAAGCUUCCACCACACGUGGUUGAUAAAUGCCUCGCGUCCCUCCUGAAAAAGAACCUCAUAAAACCGGUCAAGAACAUACAGAACAAAUCAAGAAAGCACUUUAUGGCUGUUGAGUUUGAACCGUCUGAGGAACUCACAGGUGGCGCAUGGUACAGUGAUGGGAAUCUUGACAAAGAGCUCAUCGGGCGUCUCAAAGAAGUGUGUGUAAAGGUCAUAAAUAAACAGCAAGUCUCCACUGCCCAGGGAAUUUAUGACUUUCUGAACCAGAGGAAAGCUCUCAGUGGCUGCACCAGUGGACAGAUAAGUGAAAUCCUCAAGAAUCUUGUGUUGGACAAUGCCAUUAUAGAGGUGAAGAGCAAUGGGCUGGGAGACUAUCAUUCUAUACCGAUUGGGGCCGUUUGUUAUAGGAUUGCAAGGGGGGCCGCUGGGGUGGGCCCGAGGAUGAACAACAGGGCUUCAAUACCUUGUUUGGCAUGCACGAGGAUUGGCGAAUGUACGGACGAUGGAAUCAUCUCUCCCAAGACGUGUGACUACUUCUCAAAAUGGCUGGAUUUCUGAACUACUCCACGGUAUUGUUAUUUUCGGAAUUAGUCUUUAGUGCUUUUUACUACUUCCGUUACAGAAUAUUCGUCGAAAUUGACUUUAUUACAGUCAAAGUGGAUGAGUUUUGAUCGUUAAUCAAAUAAAAGUUACAGUAUAUA